AUGCCGGAAGACGCUCGAGAGAUGGACGGUAAGAGACGCGCGGAUGUCUCGGCGAAGUCUGUGAGCGGUGAAGCGGACGCGGUGUCGGCGGAGGGAGGUAAUAUUCUCGCCGCGCGCGCAGAGGCGUUGGCGCUGACGGCGCUCGAGUGGGGGCGCGCGGCCUGGCCCACGUUCACGCUCGUGGCCUCGUUCGGGGGGUGGUACUACUUCUCUAUCGCGUUUAACAUCUAUCAGAAGGCUCUGCUGAAGGCGGUGCCGAUGCCGUGGACGGUGACGGCGUUGGAGCUGUUGAUUGGGAGCGCGCUCGUGGCGGCCACCUGGGGGGUCCGUCUCAAGCGGGCGCCCGAGUGCACGUCAGACAUGAUCAAGGCGGUCGGUGUUCUCGGUACGGUGCACUUUCUCGGGAACGCGCUGACGAAUGUGUCGCUCGGCAAGGUGGCGGUGUCGUUCACGCACACUGUCAAGGCGCUCGAACCGGUCUUCUCUGUCGGCUUAUCCGCAGCGUUUCUGGGGGCCAUCCCGAGCCUGGCACUGUGCGCGUCGCUCAUCCCCAUCAUCGCCGGUGUCAUGAUCGCCAGCGCGACCGAGGUGAGCUUUAAUAUGGCUGGAUUUCUGUCUGCCAUGGGGUCGAACCUCACGUUUCAAUCCCGUAACGUACUGAGCAAGAUGUUCAUGAAAGGUGACGAGAUGAAGAAGCUCGACUACUACAAUCUUCUCGGAGUGCUCACGAUCGCCUCAACGGUGAUCGCGAUCCCGGUCGCCCUGGCGACGGAGUUUUCGAAGAUGACGCUCGCGAAUGUCACCGCGGGUGGGAUGCCGAUUCAAACCGUUGGGUUCAACCUCGUCAUGGCAGCUCUCUGUUUCCAACUGUAUCAACAGCUCUCAUUCAGCGUGCUCGAGCGAGUCAACCCGGUGACGCACUCCGUUGGUAACUCUCUCAAGCGCGUCAUCGUUAUCGCGGCGUCGGUGCUCAUUUUCCGCAAUCCGGUGAGCGCGACGAACAUCGGCGGCACCGCGCUGGCUAUCUUUGGCGUCAUCCUCUACGGCCAAGUCAAGCAACGUGAGGGUGCCAAGAAGUCGGCUUAG